AAGGCAGGCUACAACACCCCAAUCCGGACCGUGCUUUUCCGAUAUUCGUCGGCAGCAGCAGGUACAAGUGUAUGGGUUCCGCAGCCCAACAGCCAGCCAACGGAGAGCCCUGAGUGGGUAGGUGUAUUACACAACCAUAGUUCAACAAUUAAUAGCUUCAGUCGACCCCAGGCCGUCGUCGUGGUUGCGCGGUUUUUUUGUGUGCUGCUUCGUUGCCGAGUAAGAAGAGACAGAGAUACCUGGUGCCGUUGCGGAGGAUUUUCGAUCCCCGACCCCGUCGUCGUCGUCGUUGUCGUUCGUCUUUCUGGUUGUUUUGUUCCCUGGUGUCCCAAACGGUCGUCGUGCCGUGCGCGCUGUGUUGUGCUGUGCCUGUGCGUGAUUCGAUUCCGAUUCGAAUCUUCCUUCGACGGUGUGUCCUGUUCGGGGGUGUCCGCGUGAAAACAAAACAAAGUGUGCUAUAAGAUUAAUCUCCUCCCGGGUAUUCUGACGGUGUGUCUAGAAGUCCCUAACGAGCAGCGGAGAUUCGCAGAACCCGUGCCCGCCGUAUUGCACGGUUGAACCUAGUUAUAAUCCAAGCAACCGUAGCUAUCGUGUCGCCGUGUGAACACACAGUGUGUGCAGAUUGCACCCGAAGAACCAAGCAACGGAAGACAGCAGGCCUACUACGUUCAGCAAGGCCUGCUUCUGUGACGAAGGAUACUUUUUCUCCGGUUUGGGUUUGCGAGGGAGUGACACCAGUGCGGUGAAGCAGUGUGCCGAUCGGGAACCGUACGAUACGGUUGCGCCACUUUAAUCAUGCAAAGUGUUAAUCCAUUAAAGUAAACGAAGAAACCAAGUGUGCUAGGGCUAGGGCUAGGCGUGAAUGCCUACAAAAGGAUCAAACUGGAUUGAAUGAGGUUGAACGACUGCGAGAUAUGGCGAUUGAUCAAUGUGCGUACUGCGGUACUGAAUUAGAAUCAACGCCGUGCAGGCAGAAGGCUGGACUGCCAGCCAAAGCGAUUUGAAGUGACCAAAAAAAAACAAAGUCUCAACGAAGAAUUGAUUAGUGUGACACCAAAUCAUCCAAAACGUAAAAGAAACCUAGUGCACGCCAGUCGUGCACACCUUACAAGUGUUAUCAGUGGUGUUUCCUACAACAAGUGUUAAACAACAGUGAGUGUGAGAUCGAGAGCUGUAGAAGAUGAUGGAUGCAUCGGCAGUGGAGGCCCGCGGUUGGUACGACAACCAGCGGCUAGCGGCGGAGAGUUCGCUCGGGCCGUCGGCAGCUGCAGCGGCGGCUGCGGCGGCCUCGCUCGGUCAGCAGUCCGGUGCCGGUGCCGGCGUCGACGCGUCCGACAUGAACGCAUUCUAUCGGUUCGAGAACGGUGCAGCGGCGGCCGCAGCGCACCGGCGGUACUACCCCACGGGCUACGGAACGCACGCCUCCCGGAUGUCACCGCACAUGACCUCCCAGGUGUGCCGGCCGCACUUUCCCAGCCCGCUGUCCUGGUUCAACGAGUCCACCAAACCGUUCGCGGCCAGCGGCAGCUGGAGCAGUCCCUUCAGCUGCCCGCAGGACCCGCACGAAACCAAGCAGAGCCAGCUGCAGAGCAGCCAAUCGGCUGCCGGUCAGCAUCUGUUCUCGUUCCCGCCAACCCCGCCGAAGGACUCCACGCCGGACUCGGUGCAGACCACCCCGACGGAGUACCAAACCACCCUGAACAGCUUUAUGCACCAGAGCCAGACGUCGUCGUCCAGCGGGCUGAACGCGACCGGUUCCGGUUCGCAGAACAACAACAACAACUCCAGCCUGUCGUCCCAGGCGGACAACUGCGGGAUCGACGUGAAACCCUGCCUCACCGGGGGAUCGCUCAGCGAUCGGACCGGAGUACCGGAGGUGGAACAGAACCAGCCAAAACAUCGGGAAGGUACGAACGGCAAUAGCCAUAACAACAACAACAGCAGUUCCGGGUCCAGUGCCAAUAGUCAUGGGGGAAGUAGCGGAAGCGGAAGUAGUAGUGCGGCCACCAGUGGGGCGUACCACAACGCGGCCAACUCGUUUGGGAUGUUCGACCAGACGCACGGCGGCAGUGGCGGCGGGUACGACCACACCGGGGGCUACGGGUUCCACCAAAGUGGCCACGGGAUCGGUGGCGGCGGUGGCGGUGGUGGCGGAGGCGGGGGCCUUGGUGGUAACGGGGGAUCCUACCAGCAAAGCUCCCGGCCACCACUGAUGAACAGCUCCCACAUGAAGGCGCAACGGGCCAAAGCGAAAUCCAGUGCCGAAGGCCGCGAGUGCGUCAACUGCGGUGCCACCUCAACGCCCCUGUGGCGGCGGGACGCCACCGGACACUACCUGUGCAAUGCCUGCGGGCUCUACUACAAGAUGAACGGCCAGAACCGGCCGUUGAUCAAACCGAAGCGGAAACCAGUUACCUCCCAGCAGAGUGCUGCCCGGCGGGCGGGAACAUCGUGCGCCAACUGCAAAACGACAACCACUUCGCUGUGGAGGAGGAACCAAAGCGGAGAACCAGUUUGCAAUGCCUGUGGAUUGUACUACAAGUUGCAUAAUGUGGAUCGACCCCUAACGAUGAAAAAGGAGGGCAUCCAGACGAGGAAUCGCAAAUUGACGGCCAAAUCGAAGAAGCGGAAAUCGACGCCCGGCUACAGCUUCUCCUUCGGUGAUCUCAUGAACCCUCUGGACCACAACAAGUCCUUCCCGGGGGCGUUCCCAACGUCGAUGGGACAACACGCCCACCUAUCCGGAGGCCUCCAUCCCGCCCAUUCGCACAUGCACAGCGGAUGGUACACCACGGGGCUGGGAUCUCUCGGAUCGUCCAGUAGUCUACAGAACGGAUUCAGCAGUGCGGCCCCACUGGGAACGGGAGCCGUGGCGCAUCCACAGUCCGCGUACCACCUGGGGCUGAAUUCGAUGAGUUGGCGAUCGGAAUACACGUGACUAAUGGGACAGUAAAUCCGAACCGAAAUCGCAACCGUACCAUCACCACCGCUAGUUGAGGAGGUCACAUUUGUGUGACCUCAAACGGACUUCACGCCGUUGUUUAGAAAAGGAAAAAAAUCCUACCAUGGGUUCUCCGACACCUGUUCACACAAACACAUCGACACUCACACACUACUCAUCUUCAUCUGGUCCGAGCGCCCAUCCCAGGCUCGAACACACGCAGCUGUAUAAGUUUGAUAUUAGUACAAUUUUAGGAUUUUUAGCGAAAUCCACAGAACUCGCUCUUGAACGGCGCACGUUCGCCGCAUUUCCGUACACGCCCACUAUUAUCUUCCUCAAAACUUCCGGCCACCACCCUUAACCCAUCCCAAAUGAUGUAAUUACCUAACUGUGCUGAUUUAUCGCCCGUCGCGCUUUGUCGGUGCAUCCUUCCUCGGCUGACAAGCGCAGUCUCCUAGCUAAUCAAUCGCGCUCGAGCCCCUCACCGGUAAUUGAACUUUUUGGCACUGACGAAUGGAUGGCGUUGCUGUGCUGCCGCGAAACCGCGUAUUCACCGUUUUGCUCCAUCCAUCUUGACAGGAAAUAAGUGCGGUGCAGAUCGCAAAUCGCGAUACGCAUAAACCGUCACACUUCCACGGUAGACUGGCACAGUGGUUCUCAAUCUGUUUCUUUCUUUUUAUUUUUUUUUUAAUUUAUUUUUUAUUUUUUUUUAAGGUUUUGUUCCCUUUUGAGAAAGACUUCUAAAGGAACUCACUCACUGGGUUUUUUCCUUCUUCUAAAAUUUAAGUUAAAAAAAUAAUAAUGAUAACUUGUUUUAUUCCGGGUCACUUGUUUUGAGACCACACUCAGAGAAAAGUUCAUCUCAAAUGUUGAAGAAUUCUAAUUUAUGUAAACUUCUCAGCAAUUUGAAAUUGUCUUUCAAAACGAUUCAAAAUUAAUGAAAAAUAGUUGUGACUGAACUGCUUCGAAAAGUGUCGGCAUAUCUUCUUCUUCUUUCUGGCUCGACGAUCCAACUGGAAAGUGGCCUGUUUCUCUUUAACUUAGUGUUCUUUGAGCAUCUCCACAGUUAUUAAUUGAAGGGCUUUCUUUGCCUGCCAUUGCAUGAAUAUGUACAUUGUGAGGCAAAUACAAUGAUAUUAUAGGAAAACCUUACCAGUAUUUGACAACUACACUGAAAAAAGAUUUCAUGCAUUUCUUAUUUGUUUAUCUAGGUAUCAGACCAGAUACCAAACUUUUUAAGUAAAACAAGGGUAAACCACUGUUUCAGCUCAUAGAGCUAAUCACGGCUUAAGUGAAACCUAUCCAACGUCUGAUGGAAAGCCGUUUAUCUGUUCGUUAGCGCCAACCGCGAAAAAGAAUCCCAAUCUGUCAAAACAGGAGCAGAAAUUCGCACUUAUCAGCUCGCUGAGAUCGCUUACAUUACGCGCUUUUGAUGGAAGAGUUAUGACUCCCUCCCGUCUUCGUUCCCACCUUCCCAUUCUCAUCUCCCUUACCCCCACAACAAGGCACACUUCCUGGUCUCAUCAAGCUCAUCAACCACGCCACUUUUAAACCCAUGAAAAAAGAGAAAAAAAAACAAAAAAAAAUAGCGAAGGAAGAGUGUUUGUAACAUAUAGAUAAACCACCAGCAACCCACCGACAGAGGUUUAAAAAAAAAAAUACAAAAGCGACCCGUGGCUCCGCGCCACGGCUCGCUGGGUUCGCUGUCAAAAAGUGCAAAGAUUUAGAUAGUUUAGAUUCAUCCUAGGUUCAUUGUCGCUCGCUCGUGUCGUCGGUCGCGUCAAGCUAGCGAGCGAGCGAAAGAAGUUUUUAUUUUAUUAAAUUUUAUUUUAUUGUCUAAUAUUAUGGAACUGUAUUAAUAUUAUUGCCCAACACAUUACUAUUAUUGUCAUCUGUUGUAGCUCGAAAUUGCAUUAGUUAGCACAAAUUGAGGCAGAGAGGUAGGGACGAAGAAGAUGCAACAGAAGAAGUAGUCAGAGAAUGUUGCAUGAAAAAAAAAACUGAAAAUUGUAUAAAAUAAUUGAAUAGAAAUAAGCACAAACUGAAACGAUUUAUAAUGAACAUACAAAACACAAAAA